AUGGGCCGCCGGCCGCGGCCUGGCCUGCUGCUGCUGCUGUGGCUCCUGGCGGCCGCCUGCGGCCUAGCCGCCCUGGCCUACUGCUGCGCCCGCUUCGACCGGCGGCGGCGCGGCGGCCCCGACUUCCAGCGGAGGCUGCGGGAGAAAAGAAGAAAAGAGCGUGAACAAGCAAAAGAGCGUGAGAAAGAGUUACGCGAGCGGAAGGAAACUGCCAAAGUGCAAGAGUUCUUUCUGCAAGAGAUACAGCUGGGUGAACUAUGGCUGGCAAAAGGAGAGCACACAGAGGCUGUUGAACACCUCACCAGCGCACUUUCAACGUGUACAGAUCCAACCCAGCUCAUGCACAUCCUGGAGCAGACUCUACCACCUGAAAUAUUUGAGAUGCUGGUGCACAGAAUUCCGUACGUAACGCAACGGCUCGAGGCAGCCCUGAACGAGCAGGAUCCGCCGGACGAGUGA